GAUGCUGUGUGGCGUUGAGGUCAAAGGCACCACUAGUGGCUAGCCAACACGGCAGCCUACGAAUCCAGAUCCCGGCUGGUAUGGUAUGAGAUUUGUCUCAAAGGAUUAACGAGGGCUUAGCUAAAUCUGGGGAGCCAGUCAGCGGGGCGGAAAUUGAAUUGUUGGAUGAUUAAUUAGCCCGGGGUCUGGUCAGUCGAUCGAGCCCGGCAUCCGAGUGGUGUGCCGGAUCAGACCAUCCGGAUAGUACCCACCAGGGCUGGAAGUCACCAACAGUACUCAGAGUACAUAUACUCGAUUUUAGAAGCGCUUAUUUUUAUUGUCAAGCGCGGAUGAGGGCAUGUACUCAAGCUUGUACACUAACAUGGAGUUCAACAUGAACUCGACCUUUGCGCCACCGGCGGCGGCAACAUAUCCCGAACUCUAUGCCCUGGCGAGUCAAAACCCGAAACUGUCUUUUCUGGAGAAGGCGUGGUGGACACACUAUGCUUACUGGGAUAAUGACAUUAUCGCAACUGGCAUCAUCACCUUCCUUGCUCACGAAAUCCUCUACUUCGCCCGCUGCAUCCCGUGGAUAAUCGCCGACGCUCUACCGACACUCUUUCAUCGUUUCAAGAUUCAGGACAAGAAGGCACCCCCAUCAGCAAAAGAACAAUGGAGUUGUGUGAAAUAUAUCCUUGCUAUUCACUUUAUUGUGGAAAUGCCUAUGAUAGUCCUGUUCCACCCGAUGAUGGAGCUCUUUGGCCUCAAAUACGCCCUUCCAUUUCCGGACCUUAAAACCCUCGCCAUUCAAAUCACAAUCUUCUUCUUCGUCGAAGAUACGUAUCACUACUGGCUCCACCGUGCCUUCCACUGGGGCCCUCUUUAUCGUGCCAUCCACCGGGUGCACCAUCAAUACGCUGCGCCGUUCGGUUUGACGGCGGAGUAUGCCAGCCCGUGGGAGACCAUGCUUCUUGGCUUGGGCACGAUUGGACCCCCUUUGGUUCUUGGCUCCUUCACUGGCGAGGUGCAUUUGAUGACUGUGCUGGCUUGGGUGGCUCUGCGUCAGUUCCAGGCCAUCGACGCGCACUCUGGAUACGAUUUUCCCUGGAGUCUUAGACGGAUCUUCCCGCUGUGGGGAGGAUCAGACUGGCAUGACGAUCACCAUCGGUACUUCCGGGGUAAUUAUUCUAGCUCGUUCAAGCAUUGGGAUAUCUUAAUGGGAACGGUUGCCGGUCCCCGAGGGAAGAAGAUGCGGCAGGAGUGAUGCUUUCAGCAUGCGUUUAUUGUUAUUCGUUGUACAGUAAUACAUAAUUUAUAAUAUAAUCUUACCACACAGAGCUUCCCAAGCUGCCGUUGAGAAGAUACGAUACCUGGCACGGCUGUCGG